GGAAGGAAACAAACAACCGAAAAAAAUGCCUCUCAAAAUUCCUACCAAUGAAAAAGACAAUUCACAACUCUUACAAGAACAGCAAAAAGACGAAAUAAAUAAUAAAAUGGUGUGUGAAGAAGAAGAAGAAAGUGAUACAGGAAGGGGUUUGGCUAAAUCUUUGACGUUAAUGAAUGGUGUUUCGAUGAUUGUUGGAUGUAUCAUUGGAUCGGGAAUUUUUCUGUCACCUACGGGAGUUCAAAGAGAGGCUGGAAGUGUUGGAUUGUCUCUUCUAAUAUGGAUAUUUUGCGGUUUGUUUGUUGGACUUGGCUCUUAUUGUUAUGCCGAACUUGGUACUUUGAUUAAAAAAUCUGGUGGAGAUUAUGCUUAUAUUAUGGAGGCUUUUGGACCUUUUUUGGCAUUUAUUCGAUUAUGGGUUGAAGCUAUUAUUGUUAGGCCAUGUACUUGUACAAUUGUUUGUUUGACCUUUGCUACUUACAUUCUUCGACCGUUCUUCCCCAAUUGUUCCCCGCCUUCAGGAAUUAUUCAAAUGAUUGCUGCUGCUUUGAUAAUUUUUUUGACGACUUUAAAUUGUGUUUCUGUUAGGUGGUCAACAAUUGUUAUGGAUACCUUUACUGUUGCCAAAAUAUUUGCUCUUUUGCUUAUUACUUUUACAGGAAUUUAUUUGUUGGUUAGCGGAGAUCCACUUUAUCGAAAGUCAUUUGAGAACAUUUUUGAAGACACAAAUACCAAUAUUGGCAAAGUUUCAAUAGCCUUUUAUUCUGGACUUUUUGCCUAUCAAGGAUGGAAUUAUUUAAAUUUUAUUAUUGAAGAGCUUCAAAAUCCUAAAAGAAAUCUUCCUCUUGCAAUUCUCAUCUCAACCGUUUCUGUUACUAUAAUUUAUGUUUUUACAAAUGUUGCUCUCUACACAGUUAUUAGCCCACAAGAAAUGUUGGCUUCUGAUGCUGUUGCUGUGGAAUUUGCAAAUAAAAUGUAUGGACCUUUAGCUUUUACAAUGCCUAUAUUUGUUGCUUGUUCGACUUUUGGAUCAGCAAAUGGAGUGAUUUUCACAUCAUCAAGACUUUUCUAUGUUGGCGCUAGAGAGGAACAAAUGCCAAUUGCAUUAACUAUGAUAAAUAAACAAACGAGAACACCAAUACCGGCAGUAGCAUUUCUGGGAUUCUUGUCACUUUGUUAUUUAGCUUUUGGAGAUGAUGCAAUAACUCUAAUAAAUUAUAUCCAAAUAAGUUAUUGGUUGGCUAUAGGUUUAGCAAUUUCUGCACUUUUUUAUCUUCGCAAAAAAAUGCCAAAUGCUCCAAGACCGAUAAAAGUUAAUUUAAUAUUUCCUUCUUUAUUUUUGUUUGGAUGUAUGGCACUUGUUGUUAUACCUAUUGUUGGGAAUCCUAAGGAUACAGCAAUUGGAAUAGCAAUAAUGUUGACAGCUAUACCUGUCUAUUUACUUUUUAUUUAUUGGAAAAAUAGGCCAAUGUGGAUUUACAGAGCUUCGGGUAUUUUUUUGUUGUUUAAUAAAAUAUUUUUUAUUUGA